GAGAAAAAAAAAAAAAAAUUGAAAAAAAAAAAAAAAAAAAAAACAAAGAAAAAAAAAAAAAAAAAAAAAAAAAAAAAAAAAAAAAAAAAAAAAAAAAAAAAAAAAAAAAAAAAAAAUUGGGAUAAAAAAAAAAAAAAAAAAAUUAAAAAAAAAAAAAAAAAAAAAAAAAAAAAAAAAAAAAAAAAAAAAAAAAAAAAAAAAAAAAAAUUGGAAAAAAAAAAAAAAAAAAAAAAAAAAAAUAGUGAGAAAAAAAAAAAAAAAAAAGUUAAAAAAAAAAAAAAUUGAAAAAAAAAAAAAAAAAAAAAUUGAAAAGAAAAAAAAAAAAAAAAAAAAAAAAAAAAAAAAAAAAAAAAAAAAAAAAAAAAAAAAAAAAAAAAAAAAAAAAAAAAAAAAAAAAAUUGAGAUAAAGAAGAAAAAAAAAAAAAAAAACAUAAAAAAAAAAAAAAAAAAAAAAAAAAAAAAAAAAAAAAAAAAAAAAAAAAAAAAAAAAAAAAAAAAAAAAAAAAAAAAAAAAUCAAAAUAAAAAAAAAAAAAAAAAAAAUUGAAAAAAAAAAAAAAUUGAAAAAAAAAAAAAAAAAAAAAAAAAAAAAAAAAAAAAAAAAAAAAAAAAAAAAAAAAAAAAAAAAAAAAAAAAAA